UUGAACUCCCUUUCUCUCUUUCCUCCUUCUCUCUUUGCUCUGUUUCUCUUGUCUUGCUUCUCAGCGUCUUCAUCGCUAGCAAUAGCAUGCCUGGGGAGAACGCUGGUCAUCUUACCACCAGGGCGGAAGCCUUUCCUUAUGGGCUUCGGGUCCUCGUUGUUGAUGAUGAUCCUACUUGGUUGAAAAUCCUUGAAAAGAUGCUCAAGAAGUGCUCCUAUGAAGUAACUACAUGUGGUUUAGCAAGAGUUGCUCUACAUAUUCUCCGGGAAAGAAAAGAUAAAUUUGACAUUGUGAUCAGUGAUGUCAAUAUGCCUGACAUGGAUGGUUUCAAGCUUCUUGAGCAUGUUGGACUUGAGAUGGAUCUUCCUGUUAUCAUGAUGUCUGUCGAUGGGGAAACAAGUAGAGUUAUGAAAGGUGUUCAACAUGGUGCUUGUGAUUAUCUUCUUAAGCCUGUAAGGUUGAAAGAACUGCGCAAUAUAUGGCAACAUGUUUACAGAAAGAAAAUACAUGAGGUGAGAGAGAUUGAAAGUCAUGAUAGCAGCGAAGAUAUUCAACUACUAAGGAGUAGAUAUGAGGAGUUUGAUGAAAAUAAAGUAUUUGGCGGAGUCGACUCUGUAAGGAAGAGGAAAGAUAUGGAUAACAAAGAUCUAGCUGACCAAGAAUAUGGUGAUUCUUCUGCUGCAAAGAAGGCAAGGGUAGUUUGGACUGUGGAUCUUCACCAGAAGUUUGUCGAUGCUGUAAAUCAGAUUGGAUUUGAUAAAGUUGGUCCUAAAAAAAUACUCGACUUGAUGAGUGUUCCUGGGCUAACAAGAGAAAAUGUUGCAAGCCACCUUCAGAAAUACCGUCUCUACUUGAGCAGAAUACAAAAGCAGAAUGAAGUGCGAAUUCCUAGCAGAAAUACACAGUCAGAAUUCUGUCCGAAGGACCCCGCUCCCCCUCCACCUCCUCCGCCUCUGAUGACUCAGAGCUCCAUUUCUACGCAACAAAACAGUGUGGCCAGCAGAUAUGUCGGCACUACUCAGAAAAUACAAGCUCAAGGGAUUUUCUCAGAUAUUCAGGUCGAUGACUUGAAGAGCAUUGUCUCCGUGCAAGUAACCGAUGCCAAAAAAGGCUUAAGAAGUGAUUUUAUUGACCCUCCAAAGAUAAAUAGUGUUUCUCAGUUAGACGUAUUGGUUUCCUUCAUGCCUAAUGUCGAUUACAGGCCCUUGGAACAAGCAAUAUCAAAGCAGCAACCUCCGAGCAGCAACAUUGCAGUGAAGCAAGUUAUGCAGUAUCCGAAAAACAACAUUGAGAAUGGUGGUCUACCGCAAGGCUUCUCCAUCUUACCUCAGCCUAACCAAGAACACAAACCGUUGGAUCAUUUUCACACGGCGCCGCCUCUCAUCUCAAGGACCUGCACUACUACUGAAAGAGAGAAAACUGGAAUCACUAACAUCAAGCCUGUGUCUAUGGAUCACAGAAAAACUAUAUCUCCGAUUACAUGCGCAAUAGACUCAGUCUCAGUUCAUGUUGAACAUGGAAUUACAAAUUCUCAAGCAUUCACCAUGCCACCCGAGCUCACUAGCUUGCAAAGAACAGAGUCAUUGUACUUGGAUCAACCUGGAAACUAUGGUUUGUUAUCGACAUCACAAGAAUCAAGUAUGGAAAAUGGAGUUGGAUUGGUUUCCUUUCCUGAUGACUUGCAGUUAUAUUCUCUUCAAGGCUAUGGCUGCUUAGAGAACGUCGGCCUUAAUGGCAUGGGAAUUUUCGAAUACGACUCAAUGUCAUUGACAGAAGUUCACGGUAACUUGUUCGAUGCGGGGGAAUUCGACCUCAAGCAAUUCUACGACACAACAGACUACCCGCCACUUGAUGGAUGCCUUUUUACAUGAUUAUUCAGUCAUAAUUUUUAGAUAGCUCAAUUUGCAAGGCAGUUACAUGUGUCUGUAUUUUCAGCAUUUAGCCACAACAAAAAGACAGCGGCAACUUUGCAGUUGAAGCAUUCAAAAGUUGUAGCCUUUUCACUUGCUUUGAGCAUGAUUGUGCUAUAGAACAGAUCCUUGAUUUCUUAUACUUAACAAGCAUACUAGGCAUUAAACAUUCCUCAACUGUUUUCAUCAUGCUGUAAUUUUCUUCUCUUUCGGAGAAGAUUAAUGUGAUAUUCGCCGUUAAUCGUGUAGUUUUCGCCUUUUCGGACAUAAGAAAACUAUUUAUGACUUAAACAAACUUA